GGAAAACGUCCGGGUACGAAUGACGGCCGUGCCAGUUUUCUUUUAUUUUCCAAAGACUUAACGUCGCUUCACCGCCGUUUGGGGACCCCUUCUCUCUCAGUUUUCUUAAAGCCCGAGACUUUGGUCUCUCUCUCCCUCUCUCUCUCUCUUCAUAACGCUAGAGCUUCAGUCCUUGCCUUCUGCUUCACGCCAAACGUCUGUUCACUUCACUCACUCUUCUCUCUCUUGAGGUGCUUAUAAUGUGUGACGAGGACACUUCAAAAAUGCUUAGCUCAUUUGCCUCUUGAGCAUUUCACCUCCCCCCCCCAAACAUUUUCUUUUCUUUCUUGUUUUUGUUCUCUUUGUGUUUGGCUCUGUUAAUGGAGGAGAGGGUGGUUUUGAAAUGGAGGAAGAAGAAGAAGGAUGUGGCUCUGUGGUUUGGGUUGUCUCUGUUUCUGCUUUUACCUCUUGCUUCGUCACUGAGCGAUGAAGGGAAAGCCCUGAUGUCAAUCAAGGCCUCGUUCAGUAAUGUAGCCAAUGUUUUACUGGACUGGAAUGAUGCUCAUGACGAAGAUUUCUGUUCUUGGCGUGGAGUUUUCUGUGACAAUGUCAGCCUCUCUGUGGCCUCUUUGAAUUUGUCCAGCUUGAAUCUGGGCGGGGAGAUUUCGCCAGCCCUUGGAGAUUUGGGGAACUUGGAAUCCAUAGACUUGCAGGGGAAUAAGCUAACUGGUCAAAUCCCGGAUGAGAUUGGCAGCUGUUCUUCUCUUAUAUAUCUGGAUUUGUCUGACAAUAAUCUGUCUGGAGACAUACCCUUCUCGGUUUCAAAGCUUAAGAAGCUUGAGGUUUUGAAUUUGAAGAACAAUCAGUUGACUGGUCCUAUGCCUACGACUCUUACCCAAAUUCCAAACCUUAAAACUCUUGAUCUUGCUCGGAACCAGCUCACUGGUGAGAUACCAAGGCUAAUAUAUUGGAAUGAAGUUUUGCAGUACCUCGGAUUGCGAGGCAACUCUUUGACUGGAGCACUGUCCCCUGAUAUGUGUCAAUUAACUGGUCUGUGGUACUUUGAUGUUAGAGGCAAUAACCUGACUGGCCCGAUCCCCGACAACAUUGGCAAUUGUACAAGCUUUGAGAUCCUGGACAUAUCAUACAAUCAGAUCACUGGUGGGAUUCCAUAUAACAUUGGAUUUUUACAAGUGGCUACCCUGUCGCUACAAGGGAAUAGACUGACUGGAAAGAUUCCUGAGGUUAUUGGUUUAAUGCAGGCUCUUGCUGUUUUGGAUUUAAGUGAGAAUGAACUUGUAGGGCCAAUUCCACCGAUACUAGGCAAUUUAUCAUACACUGGGAAACUAUACCUGCAUGGUAACAAGUUGACUGGGACAAUUCCUCCUGAACUUGGCAAUAUGUCAAAGCUUAGCUAUUUGCAAUUAAAUGACAACAAACUGGUUGGUAGAAUUCCUGGUGAGCUUGGGAAGCUGAACCAGUUGUUUGAAUUGAAUCUUGCCAACAAUGAUCUGGAAGGUCCCAUCCCACAUGACAUUGGUUCCUGCACUGCCUUGAAUCAAUUCAACGUUCAUGGAAACCGCUUGACAGGAUCCAUUCCUUUAGCAUUGAGAAAUCUGCAGAGCUUGACCUAUCUGAAUUUGUCAGCAAAUGCCUUCAGUGGUAGAAUUAAUCUUGAGUUGGGACAUAUCAUCAAUCUUGACACUUUGGAUUUGUCCAGCAACAAUUUCUCUGGCCCUGUUCCUGCUUCUGUUGGCAAUCUUGAGCACCUCCUGACUUUGAAUUUUAGUGGGAAUCAUCUUGAUGGUCCCUUGCCUGCAGAAUUUGGGGACCUCAGGAGUGUUCAAAUCAUUGAUAUGUCAUUCAACAAUCUCUCUGGGAGCAUUCCGUCAGAAUUGGGUCAGUUGCAAAACCUUGCGGCAUUGUUGCUUAAUAACAACAACUUGCGUGGAAAGAUACCUGAUCAGCUAACCAACUGUUUCAGCCUUGAGACCUUGAAUUUUUCAUACAACAAUCUGUCAGGCAUUGUACCUCCCAUGAGGAACUUUUCACGUUUUUCACCAGACAGCUUCAUUGCAAACCCAUUGUUGUGCAGUGAUUGGUUGGGAUCGAUAUGCAGACCCGUUGCCCCCAAGUCCAGGGCUGUAUUCUCCCGAGCAGCAGUUGUCUGUAUGGCGUUAGGCUUCAUCACAUUAUUAUCCAUGGUAAUAGUUGCGAUUUACAAGUCCAACCAACCAAAGCAGUUAAUGAUGGGAUCUACCAAGAAUGGACAAGGCAUGUAUAUCCUAUGUUUAUUUGAUUUGCUUACUUCUUUUUUUUGUGUUUUAACAAAUGAAUCUAAGGAAGAUUCACUAUUGUUUACAGGUCCUGCUAAACUUGUAAUCCUUCACAUGGAUAUGGCUAUACACAGCUUUGAUGAUAUAAUGAGAAUCACUGAGAAUCUAAAUGAGAAGUAUAUCAUAGGGUAUGGUGCUUCUAGCACAGUGUACAAGUGUGUACUGAAAAAUUCCCGACCAAUGGCAAUCAAGCGACUCUACAACCGGUAUCCACACAACUGGAGGGAGUUUGAGACGGAACUUGAAACCAUUGGCAGUAUCAAGCAUAGAAAUUUAGUCAGUUUGCAUGGGUAUUCACUGUCUCCCUUGGGCAAUCUCCUCUUCUAUGACUACAUGGAGAACGGGUCUCUGUGGGAUAUGCUUCAUGGACCAUCGAAAAAGGUUAAACUUGAUUGGGAAACACGUUUGAAAAUAGCAGUUGGAGCAGCUCAAGGACUUGCUUAUCUUCACCAUGACUGCAACCCCCGCAUUAUUCACAGGGAUGUGAAAUCCUCUAAUAUCCUGCUGGAUGAGAAUUUUGAAGCUCAUCUCUCUGAUUUUGGAAUUGCAAAAUCCAUCCCCAGUGCAGAUACCCAUGCAUCGACUUAUGUUCUGGGAACAAUUGGUUACAUCGAUCCAGAAUAUGCUAGGACUUCUCGGCUCAAUGAAAAAUCUGAUGUAUAUAGCUUUGGCAUUGUGCUUCUUGAGCUACUGACUGGAAAGAAGGCUGUGGACAAGGAGUCUAACUUGCAUCAUCUGAUAUUGUCCAAGGCGGAUAACAAUACUGUAAUGGAGACUGUUGACCCUGAAGUUUCUGUCACCUGCAUGGAUAUAACUCAUGUCAAGAAAACUUUUCAACUCGCCCUGCUGUGCACCAAGCGAAACCCCACUGAGAGGCCAACAAUGCAUGAAGUUGCUAGGGUUUUGGUCUCCCUCCUACCUUUACAUCACUCAAAGAAGCCUCUUUCAAAUGGUAUCGACUAUGAUAAGUUUGCGGUUAACAAGGAACAACAACCAAAAGUGCAACAGCAGAAGCCUGUUCGGCAAGAAAGUCAUUCAUCUGAUGCUCAAUGGUUUCUUCGGUUUGGUGAGGUUAUAUCCAAGAACACACUCUAAGUAGUUUUACAGUCUCCUGUGUUUUGCAACUGUUGAAAACUUCAAAUGGGGAAGAUGCCCGAGUUUUGGUUCAGAUGGGGUAAAACUCUCUGCAGUUACUGGCUAGUAGGUGAAUAUAUGGGUUAUUGUUUCUUUUGGGAGGUAGAAAGUGAACAGUUUGCUUUUGUAAGGAUUAUAAGCAAAUCUGAAAAAGUUGGUAGUUUCUGCUGUAAGGAUAUAUUUUGUUAAAAACUUAAAAUACUAUUAGCUCAUGGGAAAAGGUGAAAACCCCUGGUAGUGUCAGGGUAUGCUUUUUUUA